UCACUCAUUUAACAGUCAGCUAAAGGAAACUUUGUCUAAUCGGGACCGGGAGAUAAACAGCCUCCGGCGGCAGCUAGAUACAACUCACAAAGAACUUGAUGAAGUAGGAAAAUCUAAAGAAAUAUCUUUUAAGGAAAACAGACGAUUACAAGAUGAUCUGGCUACAAUGGCAAGAGAAAACCAAGAAAUUUCAUUGGAAUUGGAAGCUGCAGUGCAAGAAAAAGAAGACAUGAAGAGUAGAGUUCAUAAUUACAUAACUGAGGUGUCACGAUGGGAGAGCUUAAUGGCUGCUAAGGAAAAAGAAAAUCAAGAUUUGUUAGAUAAAUUUCAGAUGCUUCAUAAUCGUGCUGAAGACUGGGAGGUCAAAGCCCAUCAAGCUGAGGGAGAGAGCAGCUCAGUUCGACUGGAACUUCUUUCUAUUGACACAGAGAGGAGACACCUACGAGAAAGAGUGGAACUAUUAGAAAAAGAUUCAGGAGCACAUAAAUGCGCAUCAUGCUUAUGA